AGCAGACUCUGGUCUGACCGGGUCCGGACUCAGGAUUCUGGUCUACGUCAAUAGAGGAACCAUCCCAGUCCUCAGAGGAGCGCAGCGGAGGCGCUGUGCUGCCAAACAUGCGCAGAUUAACAGGCAGUUAGCGCGUCUUUGAUCGCCUUUUCUGCAGGUGGCCUCUGUUUUUCCGUGCGUCAGGACGCACUGACCACAAACUAAAACUUGGCUUGCUGUGAUUUUUCUUUUCUGAUCACCAUUGGAUCAGCAGAAGAUGUUGGCGAGAAAAAGUAUAAUCCCAGAUGAGUUUGGUCUGCUGGGACUUGUUUCUCGGAUGCCGCGUAAACCGGUGUUCAGGGACCGCGUGAACAAAGCGCGCUUCAUCGCCAAAAACGGUUCGUGCAACUUGGCGCACAAGAACAUCCGCGAACAAGGCCGCUUCCUGCAGGACGUCUUCACCACUCUGGUGGACCUGAAAUGGCGUUUUACGCUCGUCAUCUUCACCACGACGUUCGUCAGCAGCUGGUUGCUGUUCGCUAUGAGCUGGUGGCUCGUAGCUUUUGCGCACGGAGACCUGGACCCUGAGCACAACGGAACCCACUGCGUCACCAAUGUCAAGUCCUUCACCUCAGCUUUCCUGUUCUCAAUCGAGGUUCAGGUGACCAUUGGCUUUGGAGGACGGAUGAUUACAGAACAGUGUCCAACUGCAAUCACCGUCCUCAUCUUGCAGAAUAUAGUGGGACUCAUCAUCAAUGCCAUCAUGUUGGGAUGCAUCUUUAUGAAGACGGCACAGUCCAACCGGCGAGCAGAGACACUGAUCUUCAGCCGCCAUGCUGUCAUUGCAGUGAGGAACAACCGCCUGUGCUUCAUGAUUCGCAUCGGAGACCUGAGGAAGAGUAUGAUUAUAGGAGCAACUGUCAGGUUACAAGUGGUGAGGAAGACGACUACACCUGAGGGCGAAGGAAGUGUUCCAAUCCACCAGAUUGAUGUCCGACGGAGAAACGCUGUGGCUGGCAACAGCCUGUUCCUCCUCGCACCACUUAUCAUCUGUCACAUUAUUGACAAAACAGGUAAGAGUCACAUUCCACUGUACGAGCUGUCGGCCAUGGAGCUGCAGUGUAGUGACCUGGAAAUAAUAGUCAUACUGGAGGGCGUGGUGGAGACGACGGGCAUCACCACACAGGCCCGGACUUCCUACAUAGCCGAAGAGAUCCAGUGGGGCCACCGCUUUGUUCCCAUAGUAACAGAGGAAGAGGGUGUGUACUCUGUGGAUUACUCCAAGUUUGGCAACACAGUGAAGGUAGCAACACCUUGCUGCAGCGCCAGAGAACUGGAUGAGAAGCCUUCCAUCUUGAUCCAGACACUUCAGAAGAGCGAGCUGUCUCACCAGAACUCACUGCGGAAACGAAAUUCCAUGCGUCGGAACAACUCUAUCCGUAAAGGAGGCAGUGGAAGCCUGCGAAGGAACAACUCUGGCCUGUCAAAAGUCCAGUUCUUUACUCCAACCGAAGGAGGUCAAAGCCUUAAUGCUGUCACCUGACACAAGGUCUGGAUCGUGCUGGCUGUGCUUUCUGGUCAGAAAGUGGUUUGUGGGUAUUAGCGUAUCACAUUCCCUUGUCUGACUUUUUCUUUUCCCUGCCUUGUUUUGUCUUGUCUUUCACCAUGCUUAAAAUUAUUCUAACAGUGACUGUGCUCACAGCAAAUAUAAUUUAGCUUUUAUUCACAA